AUGGGUCAGAAGGAGCAGAGCUCAGAUGGAAGCAUCACCACCAAACAUGGAUCACAGUCUUCAGCCCAGAGAACAGCCGCUCAGAGGAUCUCUCAGGAGAAACCAAAAAAACCUGUUCCGAGCCAUGUGUCUGUGAAGAGUAACCAGUCCAUGGAGCCUCCUCUUAAAUUCAAUCGUGGCCAAGACUCUUCGGAGAAGAGAGAGGAUCAGCAGGUCUGUGAUGUUCACGAGACAGAGCUGGACUACACACUCCAGAUGCUUGAGGUGAUCGUCAUGACACAAGUGAAGAGGGAACUGCAGAAACUCCAGAGGUUUCUUAGUCCAGGUAACCAGAAAUUCCACAGUAACGACGAUGGUGGUGAUGAAGAGGAGUUGUGCGAUGAGGAGCAGAUGAGAAGAAGCAGAGAAGCGUUCCUGAUCUACAUUGUGGACCUCCUGAGGAGCAUGAAGAAGGAGGAGCUUGCUGAUCGUUUGCAGAGCAGAAGUCUUGCCGGAGUGUGUGCAGGACGACUGAAGACAAGCCUGAAGAAGAAGUUCCACAGUGUGUGUGAGGGGGUCGCUAAAGCAGGAAACUCUGCCCCUCUGAAUCAGAUCUACACUGAGCUCUACAUCACUGAGGGGGGCACAGACCAGGUCAACCAGGAGCAUGAGGUCCGACAGAUCGAAGCAGCAACCAGGAUCCAGACCAGACCAGAAGCUACCAUCAGACAAGAAGACCUCUUUACAACAUCAGCUGACAAAGAGCGGCCAGUCAGGAGCCUGAUGACGAAGGGUGUGGCCGGGAUUGGGAAGACCCUCCUGACACAGAAGCUGACUCUGGACUGGGCUGAAGACAAAGCCCAUCAGAACUUCCACCUUGUGUUUCCUUUCACCUUCAGAGAGCUGAACCUGCUGAAAGAGAAGAAGUUGAGUCUGGUGGAACUUGUUCAGCUCUUCUUUCCUGAAACCAAAGAAUCAGGACUCAGUGGCAUUGAAGGAAUCCGGGUUCUGUUCAUCUUUGAUGGUCUGGACGAGUGUCGACUCUCUCUGGACUUCCUCAACAAACAGGUCGUAAUGGGGGUUUCAGAGUCCACCUCAGUAGACAUCCUGCUGACCAACCUCAUCAGGGGUAACCUGCUUCCCUCAGCUCGCCUCUGGAUCACCACACGACCUGCAGCGGCCAAUCAGAUCCCUCCUGAAUGUGUGGACAUGGUGACAGAGGUCCGAGGGUUCACUGACUGUCAGAAGGAGGAGUACUUCAGAAGGCGGUUCAGAGAUGAGGAGCAGUCCACUACUAUCAUCACCCACAUCAGGAGCUCACAAAGCCUCCACAUCAUGUGUCACAUUCCCAUCUUCUGCUGGAUCACUGCCACAGUUCUGGAAGACAUGUUGAAGAGUAGAGAGAUCAAUGAGUUGCCCAAGACCCUGACUGAGAUGUAUAUCCACUUCCUGGUGGUUCAGGCCAAAGUCAAGAAGCUGAAAUACGAUGGAGCCUUUGUAACAGAUGAAGUUUGGGAUCCUGACAGCAGGAAGAUGAUUGAGUCUCUGGGAAAACUGGCUUUUGAGCAGCUACAGAGAGGAAACUUGAUCUUCUAUGAAUCAGACCUCAGAGAGUGUGGCAUUGAUAUCAAAGCUGCUUCAGUUUACUCAGGAGUGCUCACACAGAUCUUCAGAGAGGAGAGAGGACUGUACCAGGAGAAAGUCUUUUGCUUCAUCCACCUAAGUCUCCAGGAGUUUCUGGCUGCUCUUCAUGUCCACGUGAAGUUCAUCACUUCUGGAGUUAAUCUGCUUGACUCACAACAACCAACCAAACUAUCAAGAAUCUUUGGAAACAAAUUUCACUUCAAACACUUUCACCAGAGAGCCAUCAAUGAAGCUGUUGGAAGUCAGAAUGGACAUCUGGACUUGUUCCUGCGCUUUCUUCUUGGACUUUCUCUGCAGACCAGCCAUCUCCUUCGAGGUUUGGUGUCACCGACUGGAAGUAGCUUGUGGGUCCAUCAGGACACAAUAGAGCUCAUCAAGAAGAAGAUAAGUGAGAACGUGUCUCCAGAGAGAAUCAUCAAUCUUUUCCACUGUCUGAAUGAAGUGAAGGACACUUCUUUAGUGGAGGAGGUCCAACGGCAAUUGAGAUCAGGACGGCUCUCCAUAGAUAAACCGUCUCCUGCUCAAUGGUCCGCCCUGGCCUUCAUCUUAUUGUCUUCAGAGGAACAUCAGGAUGUGUUUGACCUGAAGAAAUACUCCGCUUCGGAGGAGGCACUUGUGAGGCUGCUGCUGGUGGUCCAAGCUUCAAAAGAAGUCCUACUGAGAGAGUGUGAGUUGGCUGAGAGAAGCUGUUCGCUUCUGUCCUCAGUCCUCAGUUCACCCACCUCCUGCGUGACUCAACUUGACCUGAGCAACAACGUCCUGCACGAUUCAGGAGUGGAGCUGCUGUCCACUGGACUCGGGAGUCCCCACUGUCACCUGGAGACUCUCAGGCUGGGCAGGUGUCUGCUGUCAGAGAGAAGUUGUUCCCUUCUGUCCUCAGUCCUCAGCUCUCCAGCCUCUCGUCUGACACAACUGGACCUGAGCUACAACAACCUGCAUGACUCAGGAGUGGAGAAGCUGUGUGCUGGACUGCAGAGUCCACACUGUCAGCUGCAGACUCUCAGACUGAGCCUGUGUGGACUUUCAGAGAGAAGUUGUUCCCUUCUGUCCGCAGUCCUCAGCUCUCCAUCCUCUGGUCUGACACAACUGGACCUGAGUAUCAACAAGCUGAAGGAUUCAGGAGUGGUGCUGCUGUCUGCGGGGCUGAGGAGUCCCCACUGUCACCUGCAGACUCUCAGGCUGGGCAGGUGCUGGCUGUCAGAGAGAAGUUGUUCACUUCUGUCCUCAGUGCUCAGCUCUUCGUCCUCCAGACUCACACAACUGGACCUGAGCUACAACUACUACCUGCAUGACUCAGGAGUGGAGAAGCUGUGUGCUGGUCUGGAGAGUCCACACUGUCACCUCCAGACUCUCAGGCUGAGCUUCUGCGAGCUGUCAGAGAGAAGUUGUUCACUUCUGUCUUCAGUCCUCAGCUCUCCAUCUUCUAGUCUGACUCAAUUGUACCUCGGUAUCAACGACCUUGGGGAUUCGGGCGUGGAGCUGCUGUCUGCUGGACUGAGGAGUCCCCACUGUCACCUCCAGACUCUCAGUCUGUCAGGGUGUAUGAUCUCAGAGAGGGGUUGUGCUUCACUGGCCUCAGCUCUCAGAUCUAACCCCUCCCACCUGAGAGAGCUGGACCUGAGCUACAAUCACCCAGGAGGACCAGGGCUGGAGCUGCUGUACGCUGGAUUGAAGAACCCUGCCUGGAGGCUGGAGACGCUCAGGGUGGAUCAGAGUGGGCCGCAGAGGUUAACAUCUGGACGGAGGAAGUGUAAGUCUGGAUUUACUGAUUCACAAGAACUUCUCAACUCUGAGCCCUGGCUUGCUGGGGCACGGAAACAUGACUGUCACUUGACACUGGACCCAGACACAGCGCAUCGGCACCUCCGACUGUCCAACAAAAACAGAAUGGUGGAACUUUGGCCGGGGGAACAAAACCGUGCGGACAGAUUAGUCCGGUGCCCUCAGGUGUUGAGCAGGUCCGCAGUGACGGGUCCUUGUUACUGGGAGGUGGAGUGGAGAGGAAGCGUUGAUAUCGCAGUGACUCUCAGAAGGGACGGAAGGAAGGAAGACGACACAGAGUUUGGGCAGAACUGUCACUCCUGGAGUCUGAGCUGCUCUGACGCUGGAUAUAAAGUCUCUCACGACAAGAGAGAAACUGUCAUCGAGAGCGCCGAAGUCUCACACAGAGUCGGGGUGUUGCUGAACUUGCCUGCUGGGUUUUUGACCUUCUACAGAGUCUCCUCUGGUAUCCUGAUGCAUCUCUACACUUUCUUCACCUCCACUGAACCUCUGUACCAGGGAUUUGGACUCAGAAAAGUUCCAGGUUCUGGCUCUUCAGUAUCUGUGUGUGACCUGAGCGUGUGA